ACAUCUCCUGAGUUUCCGUUCUUUGAUAAGUUCUCUAUAUUUGCUAAUUGAUUAUUGAUGCAUAUACGUGGAAAUAUAUUCUCAUUUUCAGUGUAACAGAGAAGAAUGUCGCCGUCAAUGGUAGCUCCGGUGAUGGAAGAAGAGAACAAGAAAUACCAAAAAGGCGUGAAACAUCUUUGUGACAAUGGUCUGACCAAAGUACCAACUAAAUAUAUAUGGCCUGAACCUGACCGACCCAUCUUCACAAAAUCCGACAAGCUCAUCAAACCAAAACAAAACCUAAAGCUUCCCCUCAUAGAUUUCGCUGAGCUCCUUGGACCUAACCGGCCUCAUGUUCUACAAACCAUAGCCGAGGCCUGCAAAACCUACGGCUUCUUCCAGGUUGUGAAUCAUGGGAUGGAGGGAGAUGUGAGCAAGAACAUGAUAGAAGUGUGUAAGAGAUUCUUUGAGCUUCCGUACGAGGAGAGAUCAAAGUACAUGUCGUCGGACAUGUCGGCUCCAGUACGAUACGGCACGAGUUUCAACCAGAUCAAAGACAAUGUAUUUUGUUGGAGAGACUUCUUGAAACUCUAUGCACAUCCUCUCCCUGAAUAUCUUCCUCAUUGGCCUUCUUCUCCUUCCGACUUCAGGAGUUUGGCGGCUACCUACGCUAAAGAGACGAAAGAGAUGUUCGAGAUGAUGGUCAAAGCCAUCUUAGAGAGUCUUGAAAUUGAUGGCGGCGACGAGGCGGCUGAGGAGUUGGAAGAGGGAAGUCAGGUGGUGGUGGUGAACUGCUAUCCGCCGUGUCCAGAGCCGGAGCUGACGCUAGGGAUGCCACCGCACUCAGACUACGGCUUCUUGACGCUUCUCCUUCAAGACGACGUCGAAGGCCUUCAGAUUCUAUACCGUGACGAGUGGGUCACCGUUGAUCCCAUCCCUGGCUCUUUUGUCGUCAACGUCGGUGAUCAUCUUGAGGUAUAUUAAUUAUCAUUUAUCUAUCUACUUUUGUUUACCAAAAUUACUUCAUAGAUUUGAUUUAUAUCUUAAAUUCGAGGGAUAGCAAUGAAAAUAUUCUAAUUAU